AUGCAAUGCAAAAAGAAUCACAGGGACGAUAAACCACCAGCUCAAAUACAUGAUUACCAUGCCAUCUUGACUGUACUUUCGAAUUCCGAGCCAGAACAGCUUUUGCGUAUCUACGGGAUAAAGCGGCCCAACAUCCCAUACCAGCGAACCCAUGAAACCUCGACCGUACCGAGACCUGAACCCCCUUUCCCCUACCCUCCGCCAUCUAAGCAUCGAUGGAAUAUCCCCGCAUUUUUCGAACCCCAUAUCAUACGGUGCAAGGAAGGCAAAAACUCAAGCACGAGGUCGGAUGCUACCACCCAAUAUUACUGGUCCGAACCAUUUUUCGAAAAUAGACCUCCCCACCCCUCUUUCUCUCGUCCCCCCUCUCUCUAUCGCUCUCCGUCCCGAUGCCCCGCGCGAUUCGAGGCGUUCCGAGUCCCCCGCAGCGACGCAAUGUCGGGGUAA